ACUCCCUCCUCACGUAUGCGUCAGCUGUAAUAUUCCACGCUCUAAAGUGGAAAAAGCUGGGCGUUUGUAACGUCACAGGUAACGCUUUGUCUACUUCUGAUUAACACAAUAGUGAAAAAGUGUAAAACAAUGGCUCAGAGAAUGUGUCGUUUGUGCUUAGGCACGGAAAAUUUGCUUUGGGUGUUCGGAAGUUCGAUGGUUGAUAAUAUGGCGGAGAUUAUCCAUACGACCAGCGGAGUUGAGAUCUCCCAGUCGGAUAAAGUUACACAAAUGGUGUGCAGCACGUGUUGUCAAAUUACGAUAAAAAUGUACAAGUUUAGAAUGACCUCUAUGAAAAAUGAUAGAGAUCUAAAGGCAAAGUACGUUUGUCCCAACACGGUGCCAACAUCUUCAACCUCUGUGACCUCCAAAAAAGAAGCCGGCCCAUCCAAUAAGGUGACUGCGGCCCCUUGUACAAAAGUCGGUCCGAUCAAUUACAAGCUUGCGCAUCCUUCAGUAAGAAAAGCGGUCCAUGAAAAUCCAGGCGUGAUAAUUCCCACAAAAUGCCUACAAUCGCAUAUCGGAGCAUACAUAACUUUGCUCACGGAUGAAGUUGACGAAUGGUACAAAGAGCGUAAUUACAGUGAUGCCGAAAUCGCAAAGUUAAAACGACAAGCAUACGAAUCGGCAAUUAAAGAAGAGAAUGUAGCGAAGAAGCGUAAGUUAGAUCCGAAAGGGAAAAACACUAAAAAGAAUAGUUCGGCUGAAAGCUCCAAAAGAAAUGGAAGAUUGAGUGUUGAUUCCGAAAGUUCUCGACCGGGAAGUGCUUGUUCGAAUAGUACAAAUAAAUCAUGCGAACAAACAAAAGGACGCAGUGCAGUGGGUGUUAAAAUGGAUGUUCGAUUUGCGCGGGAUAAUCUUCAGACUCUUGUUAGCAGUGCUGAUGAAAAGAUACAUCUUGAAAAAUCGGGCACAACGUGUGACAAAAACCAAGUCGCGGGUUGUAAUAGGACAGAGACUGAUGUUAGUGUUGAAGUGCUUCGGAAAAAAUUAAAUGUGAAAUGUGAUAGAAAAAAAGACGUGGCUUCACUUCAAAACCCAGUUAGUGAUCCUAAGAAGAAAGAGGGUCUUCAGAAUUCUACUGUUAAAUCUAGUAAUCAAGUAGUUCUUAAAGAUAGUAUUGCUCAAUCGGGGGCUACUCCAAAGGAGCCAAAGCAAAUUGAUAAAUUAAAGGAUCAAAUAACAUUAACGACUAUUCUUCGAAGUGAUGAAUCUAACAAGAACAAAAAUGAAAAUUCUGCAAUUUUACAGAUUGAUUCAUCUCGUCCAAAUACGAGUAUGAAACCAAUUGAAAACCAAAAAAAAUCUUCUCUUACAAAGGAAGAUCCUCAUUUACCGGCUCCAACAGAGUUUACUAAUUACACGUGGAUUGUUCUUUCUGAUUCGGAGGACACAGAAAAAGAGGAAAACAGCUCAGACAGCGACCCCAUUGUUCGAGACAUCGAUAGUGGAAGUACUUCAAACGAUUCCACGAAACUGCCCGAAAACACUGACAAGGCUACAUUCACCGAAGCAUUGGAUUUGGUACCGACUAAUAGUAAUAUGCCUGAUUUGUCUUUGGUAUCUCUUGUUUCCAAAUCCCACAAACUAUACACUUGUAAAGUUUGUGAUUCACAAAAAUCAAGUCUUAAAGAACUCAAAAUUCACCAAAGGAAAACUCACACGAAAUGUCCGUUUUGUAGCAAACGAUUUCGAACAUUGGCCCAUCGAGAUGAACACGUUAGGACAAAGUGUCGCAUAAAUAAAAGUCCCGUUAAGUUGAAAGUUCCUAAGCUUCAAUUAGUCAGGAUCGAUGAAGACGAGGAAAUAAAGAAGAAGUAUUUUACCGCUUUCCAAACGGAAAAAGAUAACAAGAAGGAUGAUAAAGUCGAGAAAGAUAAAGACAAGGAAGAUAAAAACGCUGCUGAGAAGGAAAGUGACAGCGAUGAUGAUUUAGACGGGCGACUUGUAAUUUGUGAUCCCGUAACAGUUAAAGCAAUUAGCGAAUUGGAAAACUUUAUUAAUGAAACAGAAGUGAUCUCGGACAGACAAACGCCAAAAGCGAUGAAUAACGAACAGAGUGAUAACAAUAAUGACGACGUCAUCUGUAUUUCAGACGAAGAACCAGAAAUGCCAGAACUGCGACAUGAUCCGCCAACACAGAGCUCAAACAAAAUGAUAGAUGUAAUCAACAACGAACUUCUGAAAAAAAUCAAAAUCCAUGAUACCGACGUCAACAUUUUAAAACGCAUCUUAUCCCUCCCAAAAACCACCGCCGACAAGAAAACUGAUACACCUCCACCGGACAAUCCAAUCGAGGACAACCCAAUCGUAAAUGGGAACACCAACCGGGUCAAGAUCUUUAAAAACCUCCGUAAACAUCUCAAUAAAUACAAAAUCCCAAUCCAAGUCCAUCACGGACCGACCGUAUCUGUGGAAUACAAACCCACCAAAGCACCGCCUGCCAAAAAACUGAACGACUUGUGGUUCACCACAACACCUCAAGAGCUCAGACCUUUGGCAAAGCCACCUGCGCCACCCGCUCCAAACAACCUCACUUAUACUCUUUUCAACGCUCCGGCGGUAGUGACGACUUCAAGUCAACUGAUAAACAACGUUCCGCAGAAAUUCAUCGCAAGACCCAUAACAACAAUGGCAGUAAGACCCGUAACAACAAUGGCAGCAAGACCCGUAACAACAAUGGCAGCAAGACCCGUAACAACAAUGGCAAGCACCUCCAUUCUGCUAAAUCGUACUCAAAACAUUUGUACCAGCACCACUAACAACAAGAUUACAAAUAUUAUCCUCCUUCCACCUAAUUUAGUAUCGCUAUCGACGACGACACAAGGAGCUUUCCCUGUCAUAAGCCAUGCCAAGACGGUAAACGGGCGGAGCGAUCAACCAACUGCUGCUACAAUUGAUACGCUUCGCUCAAUAACUGACGCGUUGAUGCCGCCAAGUCGUGUUUCAUUUAAUAGUGAAAAGGCUAAGGAACAGAGUAUAUCAAAAGAAAAUACUGUACAACCGGCUAUUCGAGUUAAAAAUCUUCAGGAGUUAUCUUAGGUUUUCUAUUAUUAUUAUUAUUUUUGUAUCAUUAAAGACUUAAAUACGUA